CCCCGAACUGUUCGACCUCAGUCACCGGAAUCAAUGGAGGAAAUCGCAUCUCUGGCGCCGACCCUCGCUGGAAUAUCGACGGGGUGUGUCUCAUCGCGUCGGUGACCUCGGAGAUCGCCGUUUUGUGGUUGAAAUAGGUGAAUCCUUGCGGACGUGAGGUGGUCCUCGGAUUCGGUCAUUUCUUCCUGGUGUUCGGGUUAUAGGCUGCGAUUUUUGAUAGGGUUCGGCAGUGGUAGGAGAUGGCGUGACUGGAGCGGUGCGCGGAGGAGGAAAGGUGGGGUUUUGGUGGGGAUCGCUUCAGCGAUGCCGUUCCAGAUGAAGGUUCGGCCGAUCGAUUCGGAAGGGGCGAUCGCUUUCGCGCCGAGAAGCGACCCGUGGAAGGCCGCGGCCAAGUCGAGGCUGAAGCGGCUCCUCGAGCGGCAGUUUCCGAGCGUCCUGAGGCCCUCCCUGGCCGAGAAGCUCGCUGGCUCCGGAGACUGGAGGGAGAAGGAGAGGGAGGAGGACGGUGGCGACGUCGAGCCGAGCUCGGUGUGCUUGGAUACGAUGGUCCUCAGCUUCAUUGAGAACGGUAACCACGAGAAGCCGCCGCGGGGCCGUUGCAACUGCUUCAACGCCAGCUUCGACGACAGCUCCGACGACGGCUUCGAUGCCCGCGAUGGCGAUGCCUCGGGCUCCUCCUCUCCCACGGGAGACGCGGCCGAGUCAAUCGAGGGUUUGGUACCCUGCGCGAGCGUAGCGGAGCGAAAUCUCUUGGCGGAUGCGUCAAAGAUCCUCGAGAAGGCGAGGAACUCGAAGAACAAGGACGUUUGCCGAAGGAUGGUGGUCGACGGGCUUCGAUCCCUCGGCUACGAUGCCGCAAUUUGCAAGUCACGGUGGGAUAAAAGUCCCUCCUUCCCGGCCGGGGAGUACGAGUACAUCGACGUGGUCGUCGACGGCGGUGACCGCCUCCUUGUGGACGUGGACUUCAAAUCGGAGUUCGAGGUGGCGCGGCCCAGCAAGUCGUACCGCGCGGUCCUCCAUCACCUGCCGUCCGUGUUCGUCGGACGACCCGAGCGGCUACAGUCGAUCGUCGCCCUCGCGUCGGAAGCGGGGCGGCAGAGCCUGAAGAAGAAGGGCCUCCAUGUUCCGCCGUGGAGGCAGCCCGAGUACACGAGGGCCAAGUGGCUUUCCCCCUACCAGCGGACGACCGCCAUGGAAGCCAAGGAGGAGUCGGCGAGCGGAGGGGUGAAGAGCGGCCGCGGCAGCGGCAUAAUCCCCUGUUCGAUCUCGGCCGUCAAUUUUUCUGGCGAGUUCGAGGAAUCCGGCGUCGGAAAGUUGGGGGAUGACAGCCCUGUUGCGACGGCAGUAGCAAAGAAGAAGACCGAGGUGGCAGCUUCGCCAUGGCGGCCGUCGCCAGCGAGGCCGACGGCAGCAGGGGUUAAGGCCAUCACCGGCCUUGCUUUGGUCCUCUAAAGAGUAACGAAGGAAGCAAAGAAGCGUUUUUACCUCUUUCUUUGUUCAGUGAGUAAUAUGUAUAAUUUUGCCCCCUUUUUUUGCCCAUAUAAAAGGAUUUUGUGAGAGUUGAUAAGAA